AUGAGCCGAGUGCGACGACGAGAGGCGUCCUAUGUCGAUAGCGACUAUGAAGCCGAUAUGGCAGCCGAUCGCAGGCGUGGCGGCAGUCCGUCGCCAAGCCCGGAGAUGCACGCGCGGAGCGGAAAGAGGCCUAAGGCUGGGAGAACUACGUCCGAGGGGACGUCAGAAGAAGACGAAAGACGACGUAGACGCCUGCUGGCUAACAGGAGGAGUGCCCAGCGAAGCAGGGUUAAGCGGUUAGAAGAGGUGGGCGUCCUGGAAAACCUAGUAGACACGCUCAUGCGGGAGGUGGAAGAGCUUCGCUCUGAGUUGGGUACCUGGAGCAGUCGCCAACAGGAGCUCCUCAGCGAGCAAUCCAAACUGGCGGACCGGCUCAAGGAGGAGACCGGGGUCACCGACAUUGAUGUCCUGUGCAUCGCGACUAUCGAGGACGAUGAGGAGAAGCAACAGCAACAAAAGGACGGAGAGCAGCAGCAGCAGCAGAAGCUUCUGGCGCCAGAGCAGGAGCAGCAGCAGCAGCAGCCGCCCGAUCCUCGCGCCGAUGGCGCCAGCCCCAGCCAGCAACUCAUGGUGCAGCCCACGUACAACCGCUCGGGUCUGGCGAGGGGCCCGGGCCCAAGCGGCGGCACCAUGCAGCCGUUCCGGCCGCAUUGCACCCAUCCAGAGCACACGCAGCAACAGCAACAGCAGCACCAGCACCAGCCUCAGCACCCACAUCCGGCCGGUGAAGGCUUUGUGACCGCCAUGACCGCCUGCCGCAGCUGGGAUGAGUUUGAUGCAGCCUCACCUCUGUCAUACGGGUCAAAGGAUUCACCGUCAGCGGCGGCGGCAGCGGCGGCGGCACCUGGCGGAGCCGAUACGUUGUCACCGGUGGUCAAGUACGGCCGCGGGGCCCCCGCGGCGACUCGACAGAGCAGUGACGGCAGCGGCCGCAGCGGCGCUGCGCCGCUGCCGACGCAUGUUCCUGUGGGCCAGCUCCUGGAGCCCCAUCUUCAUCUGCAUCGCCCGCACAUAGCCGUACUGCCAUCCGCCGCCUCUUCUCGUCCUCGGGCAGUCGGUGUACCGCCUCCCCACCACAACAUCGUCCGCACCGUGGAAGCCCUGAUGGGCGCAGCUGGAGGCCGCCACGGUGAUGCUGGGGCCCCCCCCGCUGCUGGCCCGGCCGCAGCAGCAGCCGCCGCCGCCGCCGCAGCAGCAGCAGCAGCGCGGCCGGGCAUGGCACCAGGCAUGCCGCAACACCUGCCGCCGGCGUUUCUGUACAACAGGCUGCCGGCGGUGACCGGGGCCGCCUCCGGUGCCGGCGUCCCCGCCGGCGCCCUCGCACAUGCUCCGCAGAAUGUCGGCCACCCGUCACGCAAUCCGUACAUGGGUCCGACCGUUCCCGGCGACAUGCUGGCGUCGGAUCGACGCGCCGACGACGCGCUCAGCGGGGGCGGCGCCGCCGCCGGUUCUCUAGCGGCGGCGACAGUAUCGCUGCCGCCGCCGGCGGCCGCCCUACUUGGCCACGCUAUGGCCUUCCAAGGUCGCGUAAUGACCCAUGGGUCGUACAGCCCAGGCGGCACACACCCGACCGGCUCUGCGGACUCCACGAGCAGCAACAGCGGCAACCGGCGGCGGUCCAUAAGCUCCGAUUCGGAAAGGAGCUUGACGUACUUGGCCCCGGGGGCCUUACGGUCCUUGCAGUCGGAGGCCAUCGCCGCCGCCGCCGCCGCCGGCGGACCGCUGCUGCAUCCCCAUGGCGUCGUCCCGCAGCCGUGCCCCGGCAUAACAGGACACGGGGCAGGUGCCGCUGCCGCUGCCGCAGCGGCUGCUGUGGCCGCCGAUCGGGUAAGGGCAGCACGGCAUCACAGCGAUGCCUUUUUUGUUUGUCACCGAGUGCCCCCGCGAUCGGUUCAGUGCCGUGAGAAUGGAGGCAGGGCAGAGUUCCAGAUGACGCGAGGUGGCUGA